GCUAGUGCAUGUGGAGGUUUUACGACAGUCUCCACCAGUUUCCGUCACAAACACACGAAGGCUUGUGCGACGCAAACAUGAGAGGUCAAAAGUUAUGGUCCUAGUAUUUUUCAAAUACGGAACUUAACACAUAACCAUGGCCAGUUCCAUGGUGGCAGUGGGACUGGCUCUGGCAGCAGCUGGGUUCGCAGGUCGCUAUGCCAUGCAAGCAAUGAGGCAGAUGGAGCCUCAAGUAAAACAGGCCCUUCAGAGCUUCCCCAAGACGGCUUUUGGAGGAGGAUACUAUAGAGGUGGAUUUGAACCAAAGAUGACCAAGAGAGAAGCUGCCUUAGUUUUAGGUGUCAGCCCCACAGCUAACAAGAAUAAAAUCAGAGAAGCUCAUAGAAAACUGAUGAUCCUGAACCAUCCAGACAGAGGUGGAUCUCCCUACCUAGCAGCAAAGAUAAAUGAAGCAAAGGAUCUGAUGGAUGGCCAGACAAAGAAGUGAAAAUGACGAUGACUAUGAUGCAUACGAUGAUGAUUAUGAUGAUGAUAUAAAAAUAAUUUUUCACACCAGUCUCCUCCAUGUUGUUGCACUGACUUGAGUUUAUUUUGUAACUGAUUCUUCUCAAAUAAAAUCACAAUGUAAAAAUUGUAAA